AUGAGUAUGGAGGGAGGAGGAGCAUGUGGAGGAGGAGCAGGAGGAGGAAGAGCAGCAGGAGGAGGAGGAGGAAGAGGGGAAGCAGGAGGAGGAGGAGGUGAUUUGGUCAGCACCACUGAGGAGUCAAGCUGGAUGAAUGCGGCCAGAGGGUGCAGUGGGACAGUCGGAGGUCUGGGCUCUCACCUCUAUAGCCACAACACUCCUGUUGACUACAAGGUUCACUGUUCCGAGUUCAUGGAGUACCCAGAAGUGGAGAAUCUUCAUGAUUUCUACACCACUGAGGAGAGAUAUGUCCACACCCAAGACCAGCGAGGGCUCUACGUGGUGUACGACGUGGCUCUGAAGGACCUGGAGGAGCUGGAAGACACACUGAUUCUUCUGGGCUCACACUACAUCCAGAGGAGUAGUUGGAGGGUAAAGGGCAAGUCUGAGGGCAGCAGGGUCAAGGGUCAGUCUGAGAGGUCACCUAGCUCUGCAGCGACAGACCUCCACUCUGCCUGGGCUCAGACAGAUGUGGAUAGAGUUGCAGUUCUCCUAGACCUGUGGACAUGCGAAGCUGCUUUUUUGAAGAGCAAAGUGCAGUUGUUGAACUGCUAUAUUGAGGCCUACCAGCAUGUGACAGGACCAGAGGAGAGGUUCUCCUUGGCUCAGGUCAUCACAGACAUCAUGCACAGAAGGCCUCGGCUACACCUGGACAUGGGAGCAGAGUACUUUGUUCAGGCCUACCGGGCAGAGAUGGUCUGCAUGCAGACACACCAGCAACUCAUCAGAGCCGUGCUGGACAACCAAAUAGAUCGUCAGCGGCAAUACCUCCACCAGGUGUGGAGAGGAGGUCAGGGACAGGGAGCUACUCCUUGUGACUAUGGUCUUCCUCCUAACUAUGUGGCCAAACAUCUGGUGUCCCUCGGUGGUGGCAGGCAAGUCCUAGUUCUACCCAUGAAUUAUAGACUGAUCACAGUGUAA